GGUACAAAACAGCUGAUUGAUGUAAACGAACUGCAGAAGACUCAAUUAUGGCCUCGUACGACGAAGAAGAGGCUAAUAUUUUGUAUGAACUAUUGGUUCAUGCAGAGUGGCCGCUAGAACAGGAAAUCAUUGGUGGAGGAGCAGUCAGUCAUGGUGGAAACUUCUUUUAUCGUACAGUUACCCAAACUCCAGCAAAUAUAUGGGCUUUGGCAUCAACUGUGUGGGCCUACCUAAGAACUGCUCCAUCAGUUUCACCAAGCUUGUCCAAACUCGUAGGCAGUGGCUCGGGAUGGCAACUUGGAGUCGGUGCACAAGGGGCUGUUGUUGCCAUUGUUCAGGCAGCAUGUCUAGAGAUUCGGGCCAAAAAGGAUGACUUUGCCUCAGUUGUGGGGAAAAACACAAAUUUGUAUGCUGACCCAUUCCCAUCAUGGCGUCGUGUUGCUUGGUCAGCUGACUGCUCCAUGGUUGGUGUAGCAUAUAGCUCAGGUGCUGUAGAAAUAUUUAACACACUUGGAACCUCCAUCUUCACCAUUUAUCCACCCAAGUAUCGUGAGGGUGUGACUCAAGUGGACACCAGCUGCGCUCUAGCUGCUCUCAUCUUCUCUGAUGUCAGGACUCAGAAAAUAAAAUGGGCUUCUGAACUGAUACUCGUAGACUAUCAAGGCAACAUUAGGAGUUACUAUGUGUCGCCCACUGAAGGCUACCAAGAGAGCCACGUUUCAUCCUUCAGCAAAGUGUAUCCCAGUGGUAUCACAGCAGUAGCUGACAAAGGGCCAAUGUUAAUAGUUGCAGGGUCUUGUGAAUUUCUAGAAGAUAGCAAUUUGAGGAACAAUGGCUUGGGUCAUGGCAUUACCAUAUGGUAUAUGAUUAAUGAUUAUCCAUUCUAUAAACAGAUGCCUACAAUAAAUGAGGAUGAAUAUAUACCACCCAGUGCAGGAAUCAUGAACUGGUUGCCAGGAUUCAAGUCAAAACCCCAGCACGACUGCAUAUUCGACCUUUGUGUGUCUCCCUCUGGUAAACAGCUGGCUGCCUUACACACAUCAGGGAGUCUGUCCAUUUGGGAACUGCCUUCUCUGUGGAAGAAGAAGUACUGGUUGCUUGCCAGUCAGCCAGACCAAGAUGCUAUCAAUCCAUCAAGCCUUGAAUACAUUCCUGGGCAGAAGCAGCGCCUGCUCCAGUACUCUGGGCCUCUCAAAAACCACCCAGCAGGCCUUAGCUGGUGGUCAGAGAUGGCUGUUAUCCUUGCUCGCUAUUCUGGGGCUGUUACCGUUAGCUCUGUAAACUCGCUGCGGAACCUGCUGGGAGAGUCGCCAGAGUUUCUAGAGGGAGUGCCUCAGAUAAGUGAAGCCUAUGACCGAGGCUUCUUGGGGUUGGAGGUUGAGAGCCGCGUCAACACCAAACGCAUCUUGACUGCAACAGGUGAAGGCUCAGAUGAAGAGGAGGAAUACCUUGACUCGGAUGACGAGGAGGAGCUCUCUUUGGUCCAGAGGUCAAGCAGACUGGCCAAGAGUGCACUUUUCUGGAUAACUGAUGCUGAAAGAUUUCGACCCCCAAGCAAAAGACCAAAGAUUGUUCAGAGGACCUUCCGUCUGCUUUGCCUCAAGAGUACGACUCCAGAGGAGCUAUUUGCCAGAAAAAUUGAGAAUGAGGAAUAUGGGGAAGCUCUAGCACUGGCUCGCAGCUAUAACCUGGAUUGUGACCUGGUAUACCAGCAGCAGUGGCGUAGAAGCUCUGUUACUGUAGCCUCCAUCCAAGACUACUUAGCCAAGAUUCGCAAGCGGUCUUGGGUGCUUGCUGAAUGUCUCACACGUGUGCCUGAGAACAUAGAUGCAGCGCGAGAGCUCCUCAUGUAUGGACUACGGGGAACAGACCUAGAGGCAAUUGUAGCCAUUGGCAAGGGCACAGAUGAUGGGGAGUUCAUAUUCUGUGACUCAGACCUUGCAUAUGAUGAAGGCAUAGACAUUGACCCCAGUGAGUAUGAUGUGAAAGCACAAGAGAGAGCUGCUAUGGAGCUCAAGAGGAGGCAUGACUACCUGGUGCAGAUUGACUUCAAGAACCUCUCUACAGAGCAAAAGAAUGUAAUUCGUGCUAGACGAAAACUGCUCACAUACUUAGAUAGGUUAGAUACAUAUGAGGUUCUUUUGGGAGGGUCUCACGUAGCACCUGAGCACUAUGAUGCCUCCUUCUUUGACAAGUUCCGGAGCCAGUCGGCUAUCUCUGCCACUGUUGAAUUUGCUAGGAGCUAUGACUGGCGUGGUGUGGAGGCCAUGUUCACAUACCAUGGAGCUGAAACCCUCCCUCACCGAUUGGCUGUGCUCUCCAACUUUCCACCAACCAUGGGUCCGUUUGAGUACAGAUCACUUCUGCUGGAGUGUGAAGGAGAUGAGGUCUUCGAAUGGGAGCAAGAACAGCUUCGUGAUGAGGACUGGAGUGAAGACCCAAUUUGCGGAGAUGCAGUAAAUGAUGAGGAGGAAGACCCAGCUACAUUCUUGUAUGAGGAACGCCAGGAUCUCAAGAAGUUCAUGGGGCUUGAACCAAGUGCAGAAACUGUGAGCCUCUGGUACCAAGAAAGGGCACGGGAGAUUGAGAGAUGCAGUCAUUUUGUGGAUGCUGCUCUGGACUUGCUCAAAUUGGGCAGGGAAAGAGAUGUGAAGAAUUUGGAAGAACUUCAUGACACUCUGGAUUCCUUGGAAGUGAUGGUUUAUGAAGUAGGCCUAUGUUCAAUGACCUUGGAUGAAUACUCUAGCUUAUCUGAUGCUGAGAAGAUAGUGAAGCUAAUGUCCACGAGCACCCCAGAAACAUACAUCCAGAAUAUUAGGCGUUGGCUAUUGCCAUUCUUGGCUCGCUGUGAUAAGUGGAAACCUGGCAGUGCCAAACGUCUUCUGAGGGAGUAUGUGGUGUCUACAGCCAAGGAUGACCUUGGAUUACCUCUCAAGAUCCUACAACAUUCCAGGCCAGACCAGCAUGCACAGAUCAUCACAUCAGCUGAGGAGAUGAUGACUAUUGCUUUAGACUGUGUGUACGCAUGUGAGAGGGAAACUCAGCUGCCGAGAGCCUUUGCCAUUCUGGAGUGUUUGCCAGAGAGAGAGUCUGGCACCAGCACAGAGGCCUUGUCGAAACUGCAUGACUUGGCUGAUGCUCUAGAGGCUCACUUGACGGCUGCUGAAUUGCUGAGUAAUAACAGCGUCUGCGUCACACCCUGUCAGCUUCGCCAGCUACAGGAUGAUCGUGAAAAAGUCAGAGAAAUAUUUACCAAGUUAACAAGAGCUGCUGCGAGGAGAGAGCCUAGACUUAGUGAUGAAGACUGGCGAAAGUUGUUGUAUGACAUGUUAGAACUGCAGCAGAAGGUCUUCACGUGCGUAGAGCCACAAGUUUGCUUUGAGACCUUGACAGAUGCUCUCCUGUGCUCUGGCAUUUUGGAAAAUAUCAGAUUUGCUGGGGAACUGCUGGAGACACAGGGAGAUAGGUCCCCUGUGCACAACCCUUACUUGCAGCAGGUGCCUUUUGCACAGGCAGUGAAGCUUGUGAUAUCUGCUGCGACACAGUACUUCAACUCUUCUGAAAGUCAUGCAGAUGAGGCAAUGGAAUUGGCACAGCAGUGUCUUGGACUGAUAGAAUCUGACAAUGAAGACAUCAAGAGAGAAAAGGAUCUAAUAGCCGCUCUUCACAUUUUGCCAGACUUUGGCAUCAACAAACUUCCUCUUCAGGUUCGCCUUUGUGAGGACAGGCUAACUUUGAUAGAGGAAGGACUGCAGACCAAAAAGGGAAGUUAUCGCCAUGGGUCUCGAUUGCUACAGUUGGCAACAAUGUUGAGGGUGUGUGGAAUGGACUUACGAUCCAGACAGGCGAAGGUUUUCUCACUUGUUGCUCAUGCAGCUCUAAAGGUGAGGUUACAUCCUUACAUCAGAAUAUGUUCUGUUUUUAAUUUAUAUGUAGGAGGUUUGGCAAGAAAUCCUGAUUAGGUUAUUAGGAGGAUGAAAGAUGCUAGUGCUACAUUUGAAGAUAUUUUCUUUCUUAUCCAGGUGAAAUGUGUCAUGAAUUUGGACAGUGCAUUCAGAUAUUCAUUGAUAGCUGAUACGUUAAGGUUUAAAAUCUAAUGGGGCCUUUGUAGUACCUGAAAGUAACUAUUGCAGCUGGAUGUGAAAAAAUAAAAUCAAAAAGGAAAAUCUACAAUUCUUUAUUGUUUCAGUUUACAGUUUAGUGUCCAUGAAAUGUGAAACAUACUUUCACAAAAUAAUUUAUAAUCAUCACGAAUGCUAUAGAAGUAGAAACUGUAGUCAACUAGGUUAUUUUUUUCCCUAAAUAUACUAGAUGUAGGACAGAGCAAACAAACAGCAACUUCUAGCACAAUGUAUGAUAUCCACUUGACCAUGGAGAGUGCUGGCAACUAGCAGGAAGUGCUAGUGGUAUGCCGAGCCAGCCAGUUCUAGAAAUGGAGAUGUGGAAUUCGACCAGCACCUCCAUGGUCCGUACCAAAGCAAAGAGAUUAUCUUUUAGUUGUACUCUUUUUGGGGUGAAUGCAUAAUGGAAGAAAGCUGUAUUGGACAAAAGUCUUUAAAGUCCCCCCUAUGCCUUCAGUCUACAAGUAGAAAGAGAGAAAAAAUAUAUAAACAUAUGUUUGAAAGCAGUAUAGUUAUGAUAUAUUUACAUGAUAUCCAGACCUAUUAUGAAUUUGUUUUAGACAGACAAAGUCUGUGGAAAUGUAGUGGGACAGAUUGAUUUUUUUUACACUUAUUAUCUGUUUAUCUUCCAAAACAAACCAUAAGUUUGGAUUCCUUGCAUCUGCAUAUAGCACUGAUAGUUGUAAACCCAAAGUGAUUUUAAUGAUAUGCAGCUUCUUGCUGUGAUAUUGCUGAUCUCUUUAGUCAAAGAGAUCUUGAUAGCAUUGUAUAUAAUGGUGAAUGUCUUUCAAAGAAGCUCAAAAUGGCAAGGACAAGAGUAAAGAAGUGAUUGCGACAAAUGUAGAAAAAAGGUAUCAUAUGUUCUUCCGUAAUUGGUAUGAUGAACUAUCAACAUAUUAAUUACAUAUCAUUCACUUUGGAACUAUUCAUUCUUAUUCCUACCUUUUUCCUUUACAAAGACACAAGUAAACACAAAAAGAGAUGAUUGGUGUGCUGUAACACUAUACAUGUAGCAACAAUGGACAGUGAGUGGAGACAGCAUCUAUAAAUAUUUACUAACAAGGCAACAAAUAAACAGUUCAUUUAGCACAUUAACAAAAAAAAAAAAAAAAAAAAAAAAAAAAAAAAAAAAAAAAAAA